CUUGGGCCUAUCACUUUCUAGAUAUUAAAAACCAAAAUGAAACCCAUUGCCAUGCAGUCAAUUCUGGCUCACAGUGACCCUCUAAGACAGAGUAGAACUGCCCCAUAGGGUUUCUGAGGCUUUAAGUAUUUUCGAGAGCAGAUUGCCACAUCUUUCUCCCAAGGAGCAGCUGGUGGGUUCAAACCACCAACCUUUCAGUUAGCAGCCGAGCACUUAACUACUGUGCCAUGAGGGCUCCUCUAGAUAUACCCCAGGAAAAUUAUGUAACCUCUCAGAGAACCAUGACCUCCUCCAUAAAGUGAGAUAUUUUCUCCCUCACUCAAUUCUACAAGGCACUGUAUGAAAAUCUCAUUACUAAAUUAUAGGAAUGCUGAUUGUUUCUGUAUAAACCCCACUUUCUCUCUCUUAGCUUACUAUAGCUUCUGGCCUGGAGCUAUGGCUAAGGAAAACCAGACUGCCUCACUGCCUGAAUUCCUUCUUCUGGGAUUCUCUGACCUCAGGGCCCUGCAGGGCCCCCUAUUCUGGUUGGUGCUCCUGGUCUACCUGGUCACCUUGCUGGGCAACACAGUGAUCAUCUUCCUCACUCAAGCCAGCCCUGCCUUGCACUCCCCCAUGUACUUCUUCCUGCGCCACCUCUCGGUGGUGGAACUCCUCUAUACCACCGACAUCGUGCCCAGGACCCUGGCUGACCUCGCCUCCCCAAACCCCCGGGCCAUCUCCUUUCAGGGCUGUGCAGCCCAGAUGCAUGUCUUCAUUGUCCUGGGUAUCUCAGAGUGCUGCCUGCUCACAGUCAUGACUUACGACCGCUAUGCCGCCAUCUGCCAGCCUCUUUACUACUCCACCCUCAUGAGCCAGCAGGCCUGUGUCACCAUGGUGGGUACUUCCUGGCUCAUGGGUGUCAUCACAGCCACCACCCACUCCUCCCUCAUCUUCACUCUGCCUUUUCCCAGUCACCCAGUCGUCCCACACUUCCUCUGCGACAUCCUACCAGUACUGAGGUUGGCCAGUGCAGGGAAGCAUAGGAGUGAAGUCUCUGUGAUGACAGCCACUGUGGUCUUCAUCAUGGUCCCCUUCUCUCUGAUUGUCACCUCUUACGCCCGCAUCCUCAGUGCCAUCCUGGCAAUGACCUCCACCCAAAGCCGCCGCAAGGUCUUCUCUACCUGCUCUUCCCACUUACUUGUGGUCACCCUCUUCUUUGGAACAGCUAGCAUGACCUACAUCCGGCCCCAGGCAGGCUCCUCUGUCACCACAGAUCGCAUCCUCAGCCUCUUCUACACAGUCAUCACUCCCAUGCUCAACCCCAUCAUCUACACCCUUCGGAACAAGGAGGUGACAGGAGCCCUGCAGCACGUGGUGAAGAGGCAUGUCCCCUCACCCUGAAGGGGAUGUCUGCUUUCCAGCUGCUCC